AUGGUGAACCAGUCGGACCUGCCAUUCCGGCUCCUCGUGGAACAGUAUGGAGCAACGUCAACCUAUACCCAAAUGCUCCUCCCAGAAAAGCUAUUGAACGACCAAGAAUAUCUUGAAUUUCAUCUCCGAGACUUGCAAACGUUCGCCAAACUAAAGACGAGGCCUGUAGUGGUUCAGUUGGGCGGAAAUGACCCCGAUCUUGUGGUGCAAGCAGGGAGAAAAAUGCAACAGUGGUGUGAUGGGAUAGAUCUUAAUCUCGGGUGUCCCCAGGAAGCUGCACGAGACGCACAUUAUGGUGCAUACCUUCUUGGGCAACGGGACUGGCCUCUGGUCGAGCAGAUUGUUUCCUCGAUGGCCACUUCGUUCACGGUGCCGUGCUCUGCAAAGAUUCGGCUGUGCCAACCCGUGGGCAAGACGAGUGAAUUUUCGCAACGUCUGGAAGCCCAGGGAGCCUCGUGGAUUACACUCCAUGCUCGAACGGUAUCUGCCAGGCGAAGACGGCAAGGCGCAGCGGAUCUGAGCAUCGUCCAGGAGCUAAAAUCAAGCCUAAGGGUUCCCGUUAUUAGCAAUGGAAACGUUCGUGCAUUCCCGGAUCUGCAAGUCAACCUCGAUUACACUGGUGCAGAUGGCCUCAUGGUAGGCGAGGCUUUGUUGGACAAUCCCUGGUAUGAGUCUCGCCCCACUACUUGCCUACUCGGUGACUCGACUCGAGAGUCGAUCCCGCAGGACACCCUAUUCUCGGACAUCGUCCCGGACCCAAUGCAAAUUUCAUUGGACUACCUUAAACUGUGCUCGCAAUUUCCGGGAACAGCGCCCCUACGAACCGUUCAAGCCCAUGUGCGACACUUUGUAGAAGCCCAAUGUGAUCGAGAGCCCUGGGUCAGCCAAUUCCGAGCGGCGUUGAGUAUGACGAAAGACAUCAGUGAGGUGGAGGGUCUGGUGAGGUCACGAAUAGCGGAUCGGGAGGAGGGAUUGGGGAGAUGUGAUACCAAAAAUCAGUUUGACAUGCUUGAUGAAGAGGAGGACUUGGGGAUCGAGUUUCUUCACUAG